ACGACUGCGGACGACCUGGCGGCCUAUGGCGCAGGAAGGAGUCCCGGGCCGCGCCCCGCGAGGCCGGGCCCGGGCCGGGCCAAUCCCGGGCUACCGGGCGGGCGAACGCGAGGCCUGGUCGGCCAGGCCAGAGAAACUGAGGGUGGGGGACAAUGGGCCAGUUCCUGGUGCGUCACGGGGGAGUUCCUUAAAGGGGAAGUGAGCGGGACUACAGGGCGGACGCAGGGUGCGGUGGUCGGCUGGGGACGUCCCCAGCGCUUUAAAAUAAUGCCCGCGGCGGCCGCGCGACCAUGCAAUGGCGAGCGCUCGUCCUGGGGCUGGUGCUUCUCCGGCUCGGCCUCCAUGGAGUGUUGUGGCUUGUCUUCGGGCUGGGGCCCAGCAUGGGCUUCUACCAGCGCUUUCCGCUCAGCUUCGGCUUCCAGCGCUUGAGGGGCCCCGACGGCCUCUUGUCGCCCGCCUCUGGAUCCGUGGGCCGGCCCGGGGUCCCCGGGGGUCCGCCAGGGCCGUCGUGGCUGCAGCCGCCUGCGGUCGGGGUGGCGGCGGGCCGGCCGGGGACCCCGCGGCGGCCCGCGCGGGGCGUGUGCGACCCAGCUCACUGGGGCUACUUGCUGGGAGGCCGGGGCUGCGGCCCGGACGAGUACGAGAAGCGCUACAGCGGCGCCUUCCCGCCGCAGCUGCGUGCCCAGAUGCGCGACCUGGCGCGGGGCAUGUUCGUCUUCGGCUACGACAACUACAUGGCGCACGCCUUUCCUCAGGACGAGCUCAACCCCAUCCACUGCCGCGGCCGGGGGCCCGACCGCGGGGACCCUUCAAAUCUGAACAUCAAUGAUGUCCUGGGGAACUAUUCUUUGACUCUUGUUGAUGCGUUGGAUACACUUGCAAUAAUGGGAAAUUCAUCCGAGUUCCAGAAAGCAGUCAAGUUAGUGAUCAACACAGUUUCUUUUGACAAAGAUUCCACCGUCCAAGUCUUUGAGGCCACAAUAAGGGUUCUGGGAAGCCUCCUUUCUGCCCAUAGAAUAAUAACUGACUCCAAGCAGCCCUUUGGUGACAUGGCAAUCAAGGAUUAUGAUAAUGAAUUGUUGCACAUGGCCCAUGACCUGGCUGUGCGGCUCCUUCCUGCCUUUGAAAACACCAAGACAGGGAUCCCCUAUCCUCGGGUGAAUCUGAAGACAGGUGUUCCUCCUGACAGCAAUAAUGAGACAUGUACGGCCGGAGCUGGCUCCCUUCUGGUGGAGUUUGGGAUUCUGAGCAGACUGUUAGGGGAUUCCACAUUUGAGUGGGUGGCCAGGCGAGCAGUGAAAGCCCUGUGGAACCUCCGGAGCAAUGACACGGGAUUAUUAGGCAAUGUUGUGAACAUCCAGACAGGUGACUGGGUUGGAAAGCAGAGUGGCUUGGGUGCUGGGCUGGACUCCUUCUAUGAAUACCUCUUGAAGUCCUACAUUCUCUUUGGAGAAAAAGAAGACCUAGAAAUGUUUAAUGCUGCAUAUCAGAGCAUUCAAAACUACUUAAGAAGAGGACGGGAAGCCUGUAAUGAAGGAGAAGGAGACCCCCCUCUCUAUGUCAAUGUGAACAUGUUCAGCGGGCAACUCAUGAACACCUGGAUUGACUCUCUGCAGGCCUUCUUCCCUGGACUGCAGGUUUUGAUAGGAGACGUGGAAGAUGCCAUCUGCCUCCAUGCCUUUUACUAUGCCAUAUGGAAACGAUAUGGGGCCCUCCCUGAAAGGUAUAACUGGCAGCUGCAGGCCCCUGAUGUUCUCUUCUACCCACUUAGACCAGAGUUGGUGGAAUCCACAUAUCUCCUCUACCAGGCAACCAAGAAUCCCUUCUACCUCCAUGUAGGAAUGGACAUUCUACAGAGUCUGGAAAAGUACACAAAAGUCAAGUGUGGGUAUGCCACAUUGCACCACGUUAUAGACAAGUCUAAAGAGGACCGGAUGGAGAGCUUCUUUCUCAGUGAGACCUGUAAAUACUUAUACCUGCUAUUUGAUGAGGAGAAUCCAGUACACAAAUCUGGAUCCAAAUACAUGUUUACAACAGAGGGCCACAUUGUAUCCGUGGACAAACAUCUUCGAGAAUCACCUUGGAAGGAAUUCUUCUCUGAAGAUAGAGGAAAGGACCAAGAGGGAAAGUUUGUGCACAGGCCAAAACCUCAUGAGUUAAAAGUCCUCAACUCCAGCUCUAAUUGCAAUCGUGUUCCUGAUGAGAGGAGGUACUCCCUGCCCCUGAAGAGCAUCUACAUGCGACAGAUUGACCAAAUGGUUGGCUUGAUUUGAUCUGCUCUCCUCUGUGUGACCUCAUCUUAAACCAAAUCUAAACACCUGAACCAGACCACGCCAGCAUCCAGUCUGCAGGGGAAGGGGUGGAAUCUGGCUGUCUGUGACAGUGUGGGAGUUCCUGUCCAACUCCUUACACACCUUGGGGUAAUCCUUACACACUUCAGUGUUUUCCUUCUGUUCAAUAAAAUGCCCUGCUUUUUCUUAAAGUUAUAAUUUGAAA